AUGGGUGAACAGGUGGUCAAUGGCGACACAUUUAGCUACAACAAGCACGUGCGCGAUCUACCCAUGACACAAGCUUCCAUUCCAAUUCAACAUUUCGUGUGUAGACGUCUUCACAUUGCCUCUUUUGGGUUGAACAUGUUGGAUGAUGGUACCUCUGGCAGCAACAGGAUGCGGAUCUCAAAGCAAGAAUGCUGUAUGGUUGGCUCAAUGCAGCAAGACAAUAUGGAUGACAUGGAGAUACGUGGGCUUACCAAACACCAUACAGUGACAGAGCCUCUUUCGGCGAUACUAUUAUUAUCAAGGCUGCAUGUCAAGGACGUCAUUGUACUGUACUUUCCUGUGGAGCUCUACAUGUUGUGCCCGGGGACAGUGCGACUCAUGUUGCGGCCUCAGGGAUUUAAAAAUGCAUCCUCUGUUCGCACGGCUCCAUCGUUUUACGGCUAUUGA